AGGUUGGCGUUGCACGCCGUUGUCCAGUGGAGUUGAGUCUAGUGUCCGCGAGUCUCCAGCGCCGACAGCAUCUGCAGAGAGAACAAAAUGCGUGAGUGUAUCUCCAUCCACGUUGGUCAGGCUGGUGUUCAGAUUGGAAAUGCUUGCUGGGAGCUGUACUGUCUCGAGCACGGUAUUCAGCCUGAUGGCCAGAUGCCGAGUGACAAGACCAUCGGUGGAGGUGACGAUUCUUUCAACACCUUUUUCAGUGAGACAGGAGCUGGCAAGCAUGUCCCAAGGGCAGUGUUUGUGGAUCUGGAGCCCACUGUGAUCGAUGAGGUUCGCACUGGCACUUACCGCCAGCUCUUCCAUCCUGAGCAGCUGAUCACUGGAAAAGAGGAUGCAGCCAACAACUAUGCUCGUGGGCAUUACACCAUCGGCAAGGAGAUCAUCGACCUGGUGCUCGACAGAAUCCGCAAACUGGCUGACCAGUGCACUGGUCUCCAGGGCUUCCUGGUCUUCCACAGCUUUGGAGGUGGAACUGGAUCUGGUUUCACCUCCUUGCUGAUGGAGCGUCUCUCCGUUGACUAUGGCAAGAAGUCUAAGCUGGAGUUCUCCAUCUACCCAGCUCCACAGGUGUCCACCGCAGUGGUGGAACCCUAUAACUCGAUCCUUACCACUCACACCACUCUUGAGCACUCUGACUGUGCUUUCAUGGUCGAUAACGAGGCCAUCUAUGACAUCUGCCGUAGAAACCUUGAUAUUGAACGUCCUACCUACACCAAUCUUAACAGGUUAAUCGGUCAGAUCGUGUCCUCCAUCACCGCCUCCCUCCGAUUUGAUGGCGCCCUGAAUGUUGAUCUGACUGAGUUCCAGACCAACUUGGUGCCCUACCCUCGCAUCCACUUCCCUCUGGCCACCUAUGCCCCAGUGAUCUCGGCUGAGAAAGCUUACCACGAGCAGCUUUCAGUGGCUGAGAUCACUAAUGCUUGCUUUGAGCCAGCCAAUCAGAUGGUUAAAUGUGACCCACGUCAUGGCAAGUACAUGGCCUGCUGCUUGCUGUACCGUGGUGACGUUGUACCUAAAGACGUCAAUGCUGCCAUUGCCACCAUUAAAACAAAGCGUACCAUCCAGUUUGUGGACUGGUGCCCAACUGGUUUUAAAGUUGGUAUUAACUACCAGCCACCCACUGUGGUGCCCGGUGGAGACCUUGCCAAGGUCCAGAGAGCUGUGUGCAUGCUGAGCAACACCACUGCUAUUGCAGAGGCUUGGGCCAGGCUCGACCACAAGUUCGACCUGAUGUAUGCCAAGCGUGCCUUUGUGCACUGGUAUGUAGGAGAGGGUAUGGAGGAGGGAGAGUUCUCUGAAGCCCGAGAGGACAUGGCUGCCCUGGAGAAGGAUUAUGAGGAAGUUGGUGUUGAUUCCGUUGAGGGAGAAGGAGAGGAGGAAGGAGAGGAGUAUUAAAUUUCCUAGUCUUGCUACAGUACGUCUUUCCAUGUUAGAACUCUCAAAUAUCUCUCAGACCGUCUUUUGCUGGCAGUAUGAUGUGAUACCAAAACAAGUAUUAACUCUACAGUUGGUAUUAGGUUCUUUGUAGCCCAGAAUUCCUUAAACUGUAUGACAAUGAAUGUCAUUAUUGUCAUUCUGCCUUUGUGUAAUCAGUGUUUGUUGUGAAAACCCAAUAAACUUUUCAGAAGAAUUCA